GGAAUUGUUAAGGUGCAAAUGUUUAUGUGACCAAACAAUAUCUCUGGGAACUAUACUGCUAUUUUUUCUCUUUUUUUUUGCAACAAAUUUUUUUUUUUAAUAUACAAAACUUUCAGAUUUCUUUUGGUUAUUAUAUUUUGUUCACUAUGAAACCAGAAAAUACAGAUGGUGGACUAAUGCUUUUUUAUAUGAAUUCUUGAUGUUAGAUUUUGUUUUAGAAUUGUUCAAUAUCCAUAUGUCCUGCUGUCAUUCGCUAUAAUAAAAUCUGAUCCAACAUUUAUUUAAAGAUAAAAAAUUUGUUGAGGUUGACAUUGAGAUACAAUUGCGUAACUGUAUAUAUAAUUUUUGUUUUAUUUGUAUUUUCUUUUAAAAAAAAGGGACCUCAAUCUUUACUAAAAUCAAAUCACAGAUAAGAACUCUGAGAAGAAAUGUCGAAUUCGACAAACGAAGAAACCCUAGAAGAUGAAAGUGGAAAGUUGGAUGACAAAAUCUCUAACCAGCAAACGGAGCAGUCUCAGGAAUGGGACUGGGAGACCAUGGCUCGAGCCUGGGUCACCGCCUUUCCCGACGCCAAAGCCGUCGUAAGCGCCACCGAAGUCGAGACUUGGAUCGGCUCCAACUUCGACUCCUUGCCGGCGGAUCUCCGUCGCAGGCCUCGCUCCGAUCUCGUCGAUCGCCUCAUCUCUCUCCAACAUUACAUGAGACCAACACCAUCAGACGAGAACGAGCAAAAUGCGGAAGAGAAUCAAUCAGAUCAUCCUCUCCAACAUUACAUGAGACCAACACAAUCAUACGAGAACGAGCAAAACGCCGAAGAGAAUCAAGAAGAUCAUUCUCUCCAACUUCACAUGAGACCAACACAAUCAGACGAGAACGAGCAAAAUGGUGAAGAGAACCAUACAGAUCAACAUCCAGCUCGGUUUCAGCGGACUGAUCAGUGGUUACCAGUGUAUUCGUGGUUAGAAUCAUUGGAUAAUGGAGAAUUGGUUAAAUCUAAAGAUAUCUCUGAGUGGCUCGAUGCGAAUCCAGAUGUUAAAGAAGAACUCUCUUCGAGGCAUUCUCGUUAUCAUUUGACUCAUUAUGUCAAGAAAUGCCAUCUCAAGAUACUUAAAAGGAAGGAGAAGAAGGGAUUAAUCCGGCUUAGCAGAGCGACUGCAAUGGAGGUUCACAAAGAAUUUGGCGAGAAACACACAUCUACGCUCUCUGCUGAUCCCAUGAGCAACAUACCAAAAGACAGUGACCUCUACCGUACAAAACAGAAAGAAGCUAAACGCAGAUUUGAGAUCUUGGUUGAGCUUGAGAAGAAACUCGCUCCACAUUUCUCAAGGCCUCGGAUAGCAAACAGAUGAACUUAUUCUGGGUUUAAACCAAUCCUUUGAUUAUCACUGUAACUAUGUUCUAGGCUUUGGUGUUGUAAGGUCAUGCUGUUCAGUUUGAGUUGAUGUUGGUGAAGCGAAGUGUAAUUUGUAAUCUUUUGGAAUGUGAACAAUAAUUUGUAAUGAAGAGAGAAAGUGAGAGGCAUUGUCUGCCUCGUUUCCAGAAGAUUCAGUAGAGAGACUAAGUUGCUGUCUUUUUUUUUUCUCUUCAUUUACUUUUUUUUUUUUUUUGUCGACAUUUUUUUCUCUUCAUUUACUUUAAAUAUUGCAAACAGAUCAAUCUUUGGUAAAUACUUCAAAAGAAAAGCAGGAGCA